UGGAUCCCAGUUUUGCCCAUGCUUUGGUACCAACUCUGCAGCCGUCCUCAUUGAUGUAACAGGAAGCGGACCUGCUGCUCACUUUAAGGGAGAUAUAACAUGGGCGAACAACUAGAUCGGUUUAUUGAAGAACAAAAAGCUAAACUUGCUCAGGACAAGUCUGAACUGGAAAAAGACCCUCCGUAUAUGGAGAUAAGGAGGAAGUGGUCAUUUGAUGGAGUCAAGCCCCAGCUUGCCGUGGCAAAAGAGAACAUCCCACCAAACUGGCAGUCGCAGAAAGACGUGGCAUCAGUGAAGCAGACAGGGGAUUCUGCCUAUGGCUUGAGUUUGCCUCUUGGGGAUGAAUAUGAAAGGAAAAAACAUAAACUUAAAGAAGAGCUGCGGCGGGACUAUCGCCAAUACCUCAACCAGGGUAACGCUCAGGCAAAGCGAAAGAAACAUUUAAGGAGUACAGGAGAAGUGAACCCAAACACUCAGGGGAUGUCUCUCCCCAUAGGAGAGCGGCUGUCAGCAAAGGAAAGAUUGCGACUUGAGAGGAACCAGGAGUACAACCAGUUCCUCAGGAUGAAGGAAGAUGAUCAUCACACGUUCCGGACGGCUGCGGCGGCCCACGAUACCCGGGCAGACAAACCUGUUGUGAUGACCAGAGUAAAUCCCGAGGAGUACUCAUCGCUUCAUAUGACACCGAGAGAUUAUCCACCUACAAAAGAUGCUGCUACCUCGAUGGAGGCUUACGAAGAGCUGCUCAACAAAAGACGUUCUGAAGAAGACCGAUACAGAAGGUUUGAUGUUGAAAUCGAAGCACAAGGCCGAACGGGAAGAAAAGGAGACGAAGAACUUUACUUAAAUAAAAGGAAUGCGAGGUCGCACGUCGAUGCAGAUAUGAAGGCUAGGCCUCGCUAUUAUGAAGAAGAUUCUGCACGAAGACCACUUCGGUUAAAUUUGGACAGCAAUAUCGGUGAAGAUAUUCCCAAUAACAUGAAGUAUGAAGGUGACCUGCGGGACAAACGGCAGACACGGUACAGCCAGCCUCCUGACAGAAUGUUACCCCGCCGUACUGAGUUUGUAGAAAGUCGUCAUUAUGGCCCAGAGCAAGCUUCGUAUUUUCAGGUUCAGAGAAGUGACAACAGAGACAGGAGAGAUAGGGAGCCAUCAAUGGCUUAUGAAGAUGACUUCAGGGAACAGUCAAAGCGAAGACCUAGCACAUCUCUUACAAAUGCCAGGCAAAAAGCGGAGAACACAGACACAACCAUCGAGCGAUCAAAGUCUGCAAACUUGAAGGAAGAAUCUUUUUCAACUGGCCUUGUGUUAGGUGGAUCUGAUAGAGAGGAAGCACAAAGGAGGCGCAAAGAGCGCUACAGGCAGGACUUAAUGGAGCAGAUAGCAGAACAGCAGCGAAACAAAAAACGAGAAAAAGAGCUGGAGCUGAAGGUCGCAGCCUCCGGAGCCAUUGAUCCUGAGAAGCAGCCAAAUGACGAGAAGCCUGACAGAUUACGACAGUUUGGAGCAGUAGAUCGUCAACAAGAAGUACCCGAGCGAAAUGUUCCUUAUCGACCUGGGGUGGCAUACGACGCAGAAAGGUCUGAGAGGAGAUUUGGUCAAAGACCUUCCUUUGAGGAGAGAGCUCCACCAGAGAGGGUACCACCUGAGAGACCCAGAGUAGCUUUCCAGACCCCCGCUCCUGAAGCAGCAGGCAAUGGAGGCAGAUAUCCUGAAGUUGUUAACCCAGUUUCCGGACCGUACCACCUAGGCCUGGCAAACGCACUUGGGGAAAUUGUUGUGCCCAGGAUUGCUUCUAUCCCGCCUCCACAACCUCCCAUUCUGACUGACAACUAUAAGACGCCUUAUGAUGAUGCGUAUUACUUUUAUGGGGCUCGAAAUCCGCUGGAUCCCAACCUGGCUUACUAUCACCCAGGCACAUUGGGACCUCCGUCCGCUCCUGGAGUCACUAUUCCUGUUACACAGAUGCUGCAACCAGAUCAUCACUUUGGUUCCAAUAGAGAGAAGCCAGCAGAGGGGCGAGGGACCAGUUUAGAUUUUUUCCAUGAAGACAAACCAAGGCUCUCCAAAGAGAACAACCAGUCCUAUCAGGAGGCGCUGCAGCGACAGAUUCAAGAAAAGAAUGUAAAACGCAGGGAAGAAAAAGAAGAGCAAGAACGCUACGAUGCCAAAUUAGAAGUGGAAAUGAGAAAUUACAACCCCUGGGGCAAAGGUGGAGGGGGCGCCCCGCUCAAGGAUUCGCAUGGGAAUCUGAUCACUGACCUGAAGAGGAUGCACAAGCACAACGAGGAUCCCUACCAGCAGCCAGACGCAAAACCCUAUGAAGACAAAAGAUCCGUCGUUGCGGUGGAUCCGUGUUUAGCAGACAAUUCAGGAUCCACUAGUAAAAUACCUGAUUUUGCGAGCAGCUCUCCGUACGCCAGAGGCAGUGUAUUUGGUGAGGCUCCUUCAGAACAGCAGGUCCAUCAGCAAGAAACGUAUAAGAACUUCCUACGUCAGCAGAUUGAAGAAAAGAGACGCAAAGAGGAGGAAGAACGCGAACGCAUACGACUGGAGGAGGAAAGAGAAGAAAAGCGCCUGGCUGAGCAGAGGGCCAAGAUUCAAAGGGAAUUCGAGGAGGAGCAAAACAAGAAAAAACUGAAAGAGGAGGAGCAACGGCAGAAAAAUGAAGAAUUGGUUCGUUUAGCUGACGAGAGACGUAAAGAAGCUGAGAGAAAAAGAAAAGAAGAAGAAGAGAAACAUGAAGAGGAGCUACGCCGAUAUUACGAACAGGAGAAAUCUGCUAAAGUGACGGAGAAGGAGGAAGAAGAAGAAGAAGAGCGGCCACCCAGGCAACCAUCACCAGUAAUACCGACCUUACAGAACAAAGUUUCUGCGCGUGCGCAAAGACCCCCCACGACGGAGAGUCAGAUAUCUGCCCGGUCACACGCACAACCCCAGUCCAGGGCUGUUUCUCCUCCCGUUCCUGCCCGACGAAAUCAGCUGAGAGCAUAUGAUGAGAAGAAGAAUGUAAUCAGCGAGCUCUCCGAGCUGAGGAAGCAACUGCGUAGUGAGCAGCGGCGUCUAGAGGGCCGAUUACAUGACGCUGACAGAGAUGACGACUCGUCCCCUUCUAUGAGUGGGAGGAGACGAGAGAAAAAUCCAAUGGAUGUGUUUGAUCUGGCCAGGCAGAAGUUACAAGCUACGGUACGCAGACCCUCCUUAAAAGGAACAGAUAAUAACAACACGCAGAACAUCCGAGAGUUCAAUGACCUGAAGUACAGAGAUACAGAUACCCGAGAAGGUGUGAGGUUUAUGUAUCCUGACCCACCAAAGGACGACCAAACGUUAGAUAUUCAGCAGCAAGCAUUGCUCCGGGAGCAGCAGAGGAAUUUAAAUAGACUGAAGAGGAGACCAUGGAUGCUGAAUGACCUUGAACCUGCCCCCGUUCAUGGCAUGCACCAAACUGGGACGUUUAAGGAUUCAUCGAAUGAUCUGAUGAGAACAUCCCUUUUGGAGUCAGAAAGUGCCUUCAUAGGGGAGAAUGGAGAACCAUUUCCAGCCUUCGCAGAGUCGCCUGCUGACUUCCACCCUGUACCGUCAGCCAGAGAGAGGCGACGACACAAGCAGAAGUCCCCGGCUUACGAGAAUGAUAUCCCUCUGGUGCCGGCUCUCCCUUUACGUGACCCAGACAGAUUUUCUGUGAAUUCUGACUUCAGCCUCAACGUGGAUGAUGUGCGCAACCGCAAUGAAGAGCGGCUCAGAAGACUGAGUAACCUCCAGAAAAGCUCACGAACCAUAGACGAUGAAGCAGAUGUCUUAGGAGAUGCAGAGGACUUCCUGAAACUCUUCCCUGCAAAAACCAGCGAUAGACCUCGCUCCGUGGACACAGUAGCUACAGAUCCAUGGCUGCGUCCCGGCACCUCGGACACCCUCAAAAGAUUUAUGGCAGGGCAGCUGGGCCACGACAAUCCGGCCGCUGAAAAUGCUUUAGCGUUCAACUGGCAGGGCCUGUCUACCGCUCAUGGGUAACCGAACCAAACCGUGCCUUUCUGAAGCAAAGAAUGUGUCACUAAUGCACUUUCCUUCUCGUGUAUUUGACAGAAACGUGUUUUAACACAAUCUAAAAUAUUUUAUAUUUAAAAGAAAAUGGAUUAUUUUAUUUGUGAAAGGACUAUUUUGUAAGAGGUAGAAAUGGGACGAGAGCAGAACCCCUUUAAUUGGGCAAUCAAAAGCCGAGGGAUGUUAUGUUUCU